AGAGUUUCAAUCUGACAAAAUGAGUUUCAGUUCACUGACAGCUAGAAUCAAGGGUUAUUUUCAUCUGCCCAAAAGCAAUUAUGUGAACGAGAAAUUCAGCCUAACGAGCCAUUUGGCAUCAAGUUCAAGAUAUAAGUAUUGGUACUCCAUAUUUCAGAGAAAACUGGAAAUGGUUGAUGAGAAAAUUAUUGAUGAGCCAUCUAUUUCCAUAGCGAUGGUGAAACUAUGUUUGGACAAUCUUGUUGAUAAUUCGGACGUCAGAGACAUAUGCUUAUCAAAUUCACAAUUCGUAUCUAGAAAGAACUUCGAUACAGUCGAAAACUGUCAAUUCUGCCGAAAGGAAAGCAAGUUAUUAGACUUAUGCUGUCCCAUAAAAGAACUUCAGGUGGGGGUAUUCAAAAAGGCAAUUACAAACUCCUUAAGCCAUCAUUCUCUGCCACCUUUUAUCGAGAAUAAGCCACAUCCUGACCAACUCAAAGAAAAUUGGAUUACUUCCGAAAUCAAGUUUCCGGAAAUUAAGAGGAAAAUCGUAUUGGAUAUGUCGCAGGGAAAAGCUGCUCUCAAGAAAUUGAAGAAGAAGCUGAAUAAUAUACGGAUGUUCUAUCCAAACCUGUUUUAUGCCAAGGAAAAUAUAAUUGAAAUGUGGUGUAGAGACGAUACGCUCCAACUUAUGACCUUUGAAGUUCUGGAUUAUGAUGAGAAUUCAAACUACGUUUGGAUUUAGAUUACCAACCUCACUGUCUCAAAUUCAUCUUCCGUUUCAAUUCAUUAUGUAUGGUAUACACAUAAAUGGCUCCUAGGAAAAAUAUUC